AUGAGCGCCAAGUAUCUCGCCGCGCCGGUGAACAUCUCGCGCUUCAUCGAGAUGUCGGCGCCCAGCAUCUCGCCGCAGCGGGAAAUUUCGCAAAUGACUCCCCAGCGCCAGCGUCCGCCGGCGAAGCCAGGCCGCGACUCCAACGGCAACAGCAUGGAGGCCGCGAAGCCCGAGGAUGCCGCGUAUGAGGCGAACUACCCUGAGGAGAAUAUUGCGGAAAACACGGUGUAUUUGCUCCAGUGUGGAAGUCCACUGUACGAUCCGGUGAAGGAACGCUGGCGCUGCUGGAACGGCCAUGAACUGCGCGUCAAGGAACGGUCACAAUACGGUGACGUUGAGGGAGUUAGUUGCGAUUUCUGCGGUCUCACCGACUGGUUGGACGAGCUGCAGGAAGCGGAGGCGCCGACGAAGGGAAGACGACGCAGUAGAAAAACACCUAAGCAAAAGAAGAGCGCGAAGGAACCACGAUACCUCUACCACUGCGAUGUCUGUGAGAUGGAUCUCUGCCCGCAGUGCGCCAAGGAGUUGCGUGCUGAUGCCCGGUAUCACGUGCCUUGCAUGCAGUGUAGGCGCUGCCUCGGCUUUAUGCGUGACGACGAAGCGGCUCUGCACCACUGCUACUUGAAGCGGGCACGGGAGGCCCUUACACUCACGACCCCCUCGCCCUCCACAAGCGGCGGGGCCUCCUCCUCGUCAGUUACCGAGUCUGUUAUGAACCGGACGUCCCUCCGACCGCGGGAGCCGUCACCGCCUGUGGUUCACCUUCCACCGGAAUCCACGCCAACUUCGGCGCAGCGUCCAAUCACGGCGUGGGAGGUGUGCGUGACAUUCGAAAGUGCCGCAGCGGAGGCUGAAGUGCGUUGCAUUGGGGAGUCCCUUUCGCUGCGGGGAGUGGAGGCGCCUGGGGAGGCGGGGCGGCUCAUUUUCCGGACGCCAACCAGGUUGGCGGCGGAGGAGCUGGCUCAGCGAUUUCACGACCAGGGCCUCUUUGCCUCUCUCCGCCGUUUUCGCGCAUGA